GUUCACUAACUCCUUUUGCCCUUGGAACCAGUUAUCCUACUCUCUCAGUAACCAACUAAUGGGUUUGGCACCAACUUUUCAGUCAUUUACAUUUUGUUGCACCCCAUCGGUCUCAAAAAGAAAUUAAGAAAAAAAAAAAGCUAACCAAAACAAAAACUUGAGUAACAGUGACUCCUAUAGAAAAGAUUUUGUUAUUUUAGGAACUGAUUCCUAAACAAAACACCUACAGCUUUCCAAUGCUCUAAUCUUUGUAUCUUCAGGCUUUUCCAGAUUUGAUAUAGAGAGAGCACUGGCAGAAAGUAAAGGAGUGUACCGCUGGAUUAACCUGACAACGGAUCUAUACUUGCAUGGCUAAACAAAAAGGUACCGGGCUGGGAGGGGAAAACGCAUUUUUAAAUGGGGGGUGUGUGGGGUAGGGGAGUUGCCAACAGUGAGUAAUAGCUUCCUUCGCAGCUGACUUUAGCCAGUUAAGUGUCGGUACAGCGACUGGGCCAACGUUAGGCCUGGUUUCACCACAUUACCCUGCAGUGCUGCCCAGAUGAGAUUACGAAUCCGCGUGAGGCAGAAUCUGGAAAGAACGCGCCGGCGCCACACCCUCCCGCCCGGCCGCCCGCUCGCACUGACAGCCCGCGCGGGUGCGGGGUCCGGGCCUGUGAGCCGGCGGCCGCGGAGGACCCGGCCUGCUGCCCCGCCGCCGCCCCGCCCGCCCCCUGCCCCCCCGAGGCCCGCCCCCAGAGCAGACGACCGAGGCCUAAUCGCCGCCUGGGCUGCGGGGCCUAAAGGAAGGGGCCGGCGCUGAAGAGGGGACGGCCACGCCGCCGCCGCCUCGGCUACUCAGCGAGGCGCCGGCUUCCGCGGCGCCGGGCUCCGGCUCUCCCGCUCACGUGCUCCUGAAAGACGGUUUCACU